AGGCACACACACGCACAUUGCCAAACCACCAUGGAACAGAGAGAGAGAGAGCGGUUGAGCAGGAAGAGAGGGAUAGCAAUAGACCGGGUAGAGAAGGGAUAAGGGGAGGGAGAAAAGAAGGAGGGGAUUGUUGGGGAGUUAGGAAAAAUGUAUAAAAAGAGGGAGAGAGAGUAAAAGAACAGAAAAUAAGAGAUUUCAAAAGCGUUCAAUGACUCGACUAUCAGAUGCAAUGUCCACCCACAGGGAUCCUCCACCUCCCCUCAUAAUCCUCACACUGGCCCUUCUCCAUGGAUACUCCUCCUUCGCUGCACCCUCUGACGUCUCAGGGACCAACCACACAGCCACCCUUCCUCUAAGACCACACGGACGCAUGUAUGAAAUGUUGGCGCUCUCCUCAAAUGAUGACUAUGACCUGAAUUGGGACACCACUCCACCCCCGCCUACUUCCUCACGGGGCACCAAUCCUCAGUCCUGUGACUACAACCCCUGCCGGGAGCUACAGACCCCCUGUGCCCAGCUGGCAGCCUCUAGCGGCUGCCUGUGUCCAGGGGUGAGUGGGCCCCACGUGGCCCCAGAGCCUCCAGACCUUAAGAGACUGUCUAUGGAAGGGCCAGGGGUGGUUGUUCAGUGGUGUGCACCAUCGUCUGUUGUGACCCAUUAUGAGGUGGUGGUGGGUACCCUGGAGCCCCUGGUGUUUGGGGAGGACAAGAGGAGUGGUGUUGUGGGAAAGGUGGGGCAGGGGGUGGAGGUGUGUGUGGUGGCGGUGAAUGACGCAGGAGUCAGCGAGCGUCAGAGGCGGUCCUGUAUGAUGUACCAGCCCCCUGGAGACAGUAAUCUGGCCCUAAAAGCUGGGCUGAUCGGAGGGGCCCUGGGGCUCCUGCUGCUCCUCACACUGGCUGUCCUGCUUUGGAGGCACAGGGCUCGGAGAAAAGCAGGUGCCAGGAUCACCCAGGCCACGGAGGAAACACUAUGAAAGGACUGAAGGAAGGCUAUGGAAGAGGCUAACUCAAGAGUAGCUGUCCAGAACUGAGGCAUAUUUUACCAUAAGAGACUGUUGUCUGUCUGUCUGUCUGUCUGUGCGUGCGUGUGUACACGUACUGAACAGGAUGCUGAAUAGGCCUGUGCUCACCGAAAGGCAGGAGGCACUCAGUCAGUCAGGUGAUAUGAAACAGCUUCCUGUCUUCUGUACACAUCUCAAUUCAAACAAUGACUCAUCUCCUUUUGCUGACUUCAACUGCAUUCACAGCCCAGAUAAAAUGCUCAAGCAAAUACAUUCAAAAUUAAACAAGAUGCAGGUAACAUAACAUAACAUAAUAUAAUUUAAAAAUAUUAAAACAAUGAUUUAACAUUUGUUAUUCCUUAUAUAAAAAAAACAGUUUGUCUUUUCUUGCUCAUCAUUGAAAUAAUAUACAUAGUCUAGAGGAGAAACGUUUUAAACGGUUUCAGAAAAGGAAGUGAAUUCUCGUCUUAUGUUCUGUAAAGGCAACCAUACAGCAGUUUUCAGUUACAAACAGCUGUUUAACUAGCGGUCUAUUGAAAUCCCUCUUGAAUGGGUUUGUGAGACAAUGUCAUAGAAAAUAUUGGUCGCCCAAUUCUAUAGUAUUGGCAUCAGAACAAAAGUAGCACCAGUGUUCUAUUUCCCCACAGAUGAGAUUCAUGUGAAAGCUUGUGCUGGAUGGGAAAUGGGGAGGGGUAUGUAACCUCUUCCCCAGGCUAUAAUGAAAUGCAUUUGGCCGGCCGAGUCUAAGGGGGAUGUGACACAGGAUGUUAUCCUCCUUUAGGAAUAGUCUAAGUGGAAAUAUAUAGGAAAAGUCAAUGUGGGAUCCAACUCUGACAUCACUCCAAGGAAGUCGAUAUGUAAAAGUCAGGGUAAUUUUUAUCUACCUUUAUUUAACUAGGCAAGUCAGUUAAGAACAAAUUCUUAUUUCCAAUGACGGCCUAGGAACAGUGGAUUAACUGCCUGUUCAGGGGCAGAACGACAGAUUUGGACCUUGUCAGCUCGGAAAUUUGAACAUGAAACCUUUCGGUGAUUAGUCCAACGCUCUAACCACUAGGCUACCCUGCCGCCCCGUUAAAGUUAGGGUUACGGUUAGUGUUUAGGGUAGGGAUGUCCCAAGGUUCCCGCUAAGCAUCUACUGUACAAUAUACACUGAGUGUACAAAAUAUUAGGAACACUUGCACUUUCCAUGACAUAGACUGACUGACCAGGUGAAGGUGCCAGGCUCACCGGUUUGAGUGUGUCAACAACUGCAACACUGCUGGGUUUUUCACUCUCAACCGUUUCCCAUGUGUAUCGAGAAUGGUCCACCACCAAAAGGAUAUUCAGACAACUUGUCAACUGUGGGAAGCAUUGGAGUCAACAUAGGUCAGCAUCAACAUGGUCAGCAUCCCUGUGGAUUGCUUUCGACACCUUGUCGAGGACGUGCCAUGACGAAUUGUUCUGAGGGCAAAAGGGGGUGCAACUCAAUAUUAGGAAGAUGUUCCUAAUGUUUUCUACACUCAGUAUAUAUCAGGGCCAUAUAGGCUAGUCUGAGUACCAGUCUGUUUAGCUAACAUUCCACUCCUUUUACUCAGAGUCAUUUCGCAGAUGAAAGACAUGGGGCCGAGGGCUGAGGGUUAAUAUGUUUACCAGAUCUACCACUAAGGGGCAGCAGACUCCAUAGAUCCAGAUUUCUGAUACUGGUAGGCAAAGUCUCCCUCAAAUAUUGGUACAAAAGUAUAGCCUACAAACAGACUUGGCACUGAACAUACAAUAUGACAAUUAUUGAAAUAAAUGUCAAUACUACACUAUUUGUGUUGGUUUGGUCAUUAGGCCUACUUUAAUUCCUUUGUAAUUUGCAGCCUCAUAUAAAUACAGUUAGUAAGUGCCUAUUGCCUACUAGGUUUAUUUAAAGCCUACAAGGCUGGGGUUUUUGGUCAUACCAAAGAGUAUUGACUAUUCAUACCAUAGCCAUUAUUGUCAGAUGGGUAGCCAGCAUUUGUUGAUCCCCCUCGUUUGAUCUCCGAGUGGCCAUUGAUUUGGCGGCAGAGGGCUUGUUCAAAAAUGGCAGUCGACUAUGCAGGCGACUACCGAAUGACUGCUCUACAAAGAACCUUGCAUCAUAAAUAACUAGACUCAUUAUUAUUUGUAGAUCAGUCACAAUUUACCCAUGAUACAUUAUAGUUUUGAUCCUCUUGAACAAGGCCAGUGUCACUCCAUCGAAUGGAAGCCAGAGCCUUCGUGCACAAACCCAUGCAGUGUGAUAAAUGUAAAUGAUUUGGUUAUCUGUCUGUAAACGAGAGCAGUAUCAUAUGCCAGCUGAGCCUAAAUGCUACAAUUGUGGUGGUGAACAUGCACCUGAAUUUCUGAAUCAAAUCAAAUGUAUUUAUAAAGCCCUUCUUACAUCAGCUGAUAUCUCAAAGUGCUGUACAGAAACCCAGCCUAAAACCCCAAACAGCAAGCAAUGCAGGUGUAGAAGCACGGUGGCUAGGAAAAAACUGCCUAGAAAGGCCAAAACCUAGGAAGAAACCUAGAGAAGAACCAGGCUUGCAUUAGUCAUUUAGGUCAACAUUGGAUCAUUCAGAGAUCCUCACUGAACUUCUGGAGAGAGUUUGCUGCACUGAAAGUAAAGGGGCUGAAUAAUUUUGCACGCCCAAUUUUUCAGUUUUUGAUUUGUUAAAAAAGUUUGAAAUAUCCAAUAAAUGUCGUUCCACUUCAUGAUUGUGUCCCACUUGUU